UGGGUUUCACACUUUGCGUUUUGGAGGGUCAAAAAGUUGAUGCUACAAGCUAAGAACAUGAAAAUGAGCAAAUGUCAAACGGUUGACAAAUUGAUGAUGUAUAACUUCGAAAUCUAGGCCUCUGAAGCACUCCUCACAUAAUUAUGCUGAUGAUACACAGUGGUGAUUGCAGCAAAAGAAGAAUGAUCUAUCAGUGGUUAUUCAUCAUCAAACUGGUAUACCUCGUUGUUUGCUUUGUUGCUGCUCAGAACAGCAGCAACUCACAGCAACCACUUGAUUAUAGAUAUGCUUGUUUGGACCAAUCUUCUGCUCCUCCCUCUGCUUCUUACCAAACCAACCUCGACAAUUUGUUCACUUCCCUCUCAUCUGAUUCUGCUACCAGCAAUGGUUUUGGGAAUAGAACUUCAGGUGUUAAUCAAGACAUGGUUUAUGGACUCUACCUUUGCCGUGGUGAUGUGAACACCAGCCUUUGCAACACUUGUGUCCAAAACUCUAGCAUCUUGCUCAUGCAGCACUGCCCCAACAAUGCCUCUGCUAUUCUCUGGUAUCCCUAUUGUCUUCUGAGGUACUCAAACCAGAAUUUCUUUGGAAAUCUCACCCUUACGCCAAGGAUUCCCAUGUUUGAUGCCACGCAGAAUUCUACUAGUGCUGGAGAGUUUGACAGUGAUGCUCAGGUUUUGAUGAAUGGUUUGAUACAAAUAGGGUCAGAGGCAACCUUGAAGUUUGGAACACAUAUGUUCAACAUAAAUGGCACUCAGAGAAGGUAUGGUUGGGUGCAGUGCAGCAGAGACAUUACAGCUGAGGAAUGCAGAACAUGUUUGAGCAAUAUGCUUGAGGAUGUUGACAAUUGCUGUCAGGAGAAGAAGGUGUGGCGUAUCUUUUCUCCAAGUUGUAUAGUUAUGUAUGAAACUCAGCCUUUCUUUUUGAAUGGUACUGAUUCUGCACCACCACCUCAGCAAGAUAAUGCAGCCACAGAUGGGAAUAACAGAAGGUGGUGGCCUAUAGUAAUCAUUGUCAUAGCUGGAAUUGUAGUACUAGCUCUAUUGGCUAUCAGCAUAUACUACUGCUACUUGAAAAGGAAAAAAGGUAAGCAUAAAGAACGUUGGAUAAACCUCUUCAGAAACUCUUGUAGGAGAAGAAAAUUGAUAUAA